AUGACAUGGGGCAUCAAAGCGGAGGCCUCUAUUGUCAUUUUAAUUUUAAUAAACACAUGUUUAUGUGGUCCACGGCCAGUUAAACAGGUAACUGUUCCUGGCCAGAUAAUCUUAGGUGGCUUAUUUCCUAUACAUGAAGCUGGACAUCAAGGAACAUGUGGAAAUAUUAAAGCUGACCAAGGUGUUCAACGAAUGAUUGCCAUGUUAUUUGCUUUAGAGCAAGUUAAUAUGAAAAGAGAAUUAUUACCUCAGGCUAGUUUGGGAGCUCAAAUACUUGACACAUGUUCUAUGGAUAGUUACGCUUUGGAGCAAUCAUUAGAGUUUAUAAAGAGUGUUAUGUCCAGCAGUGAAGGCGUCGUCUGUGCGGAUGGAUCAACGGCUUCAUAUCAACAUCAACCUAUUGUUGCUGUGGUUGGAGCAGCUGGAAGCCAAGUUUCUGUCAUGGUGGCAAGUAUGCUCCAACUAUUUAAGAUCCCACAGUUGUCGUAUUCGUCUACGGGAACGGAAUUAUCAGAUAAAACGAGAUUUGGUUACUUUUCUCGCGUCGUCCCACCGGAUAACCUGCAAGCUCAAGUGAUGGCACGCGUGGUCAAUGCUUUAGAGUGGACGUACGUACACGCAAUCGCAGACACGGGCUCCUACGGAGAACGCGGAAUGGAUUCGUUCCGUGCAGCCGCUACUGAUCUUGGAAUUUGUAUAGAUGGAGAUGUUGUAAAAAUUAGUAGAAAAUGGACAAUUCCUAUGUAUAAAGAAUUAUUAAUUCGUAUGAAAACUCAACGUAAAGCUCGGGGUGUUGUGAUGUUUGUCGAUGAGGAUAAUCUGAAAAGACUUCUGAAUUCGUUGGAUACGUUGAUAAUGGAAGGAAGAUCAGAAUAUGACGGAUAUUUUUGGUUUGUCGCCAGUGAUUCUUGGGGAAUUAAGCAGUCUGUUGUCAAAGAUCUAGCUCAUCGCACUGCGGGAGCUUUAACUAUAGCUCCAUAUACACGUGAAGAGAAGGGAUACUUAGACUAUUUUCGACGUUUAUCGCCAGUAGGGAAUGUUUUUCUUGAAGAAUAUUGGGAAAAAAUGAAAUGUGAUGAGAUUGAAGAUAUCAGUACAUUCGGUGAAUGUUUUGAAGGAAAGAACUUACCGUUGAAACAAGAAUCAUACGUGCCCUUCGUGGUGGAUACAGUCAAAGUCUUGGCUACAGCUAUCAGUAGAUAUAUCAAGCAAAUAUGCAAAUCUACUGCUUUUCAUCAUUGUUCACUGUCAACGACAGGCUUCAAUGGUUCCGUCCUACAAAGUCAUUAUCGAAACGUCAGUAUUGGAGAUGAUGAGAUGCCUAUAAUUGAUUUGAACGGUGAUGGCAUCGGUCGAUAUGAUGUUUUUCAACUUGACAAGAACGGAACAUACAAGAAAGUUGGAAAAUGGAGAGCAAACGAAGAUUUGUUUGAACUAAACGUUCCUUAUGUUCGCCGUGGCUUCAUUCGGAAUGGUUCGAGUAAUGAGAAACCUUUAUCCGUUUGCAGUACAGAAUGCAAAAGAGGACAUUACAGAGCCUACCAGGAUCAGACGUGUUGUUGGGCUUGUAUACCCUGUGAUAUGGCUACCAGUAUCGUUAUAAAUGAGACAAGUUGUAAAGAAUGUCCUAUUGGACAAGUUCCUGACCGGCAUUUAUCUAAAUGUGUUCCCAUCCCACCUGUCUCCAUGAGUUGGGAUUCUCCAUGGGCACUCAUACCUUCAAUUUUUUCUGUUAUUGGUCUGGCUUCAACAUUUUUCGUUGUGGCUGUAUUCCUCAAGUUUUCAAAUACACCAGUGAUUAUGGCUUCUGGCAGAGAAUUAUGUUAUUGUAUGAUGACAGGAAUAUCUCUCUGCUACGUACUAACAUUCUUCUUGGUCUCCCAACCGACAGUUCCAACUUGUGCCUUGACCAGAUUGGUUAUGGGUUUAUCAAUGUCCGGAAUAUAUGCUGCCAUCAUUACGAAAACCAAUCGACUGGCCAGAGUUUUUUCGCCCGAAAGUGCUCGAAGACCACGAUUCAUCACUCCAAAAGCUCAAGUUAUGAUAUGCUUAUCGAUUGUAUCAGUGCAGCUACUUGGCUCAUUAAUUUGGAUCAUUGUUGAUCCACCGGGUACUCGCAUAGUAUUUCCUAGUCGAACAGAAGCUGUCCUUACGUGCAAAGCAACAACUUCCCAUUUACUAGUCUCUCUGCUUUAUAAUUUAAUUUUGAUCGUUGCCUGUACAGUGUACGCGUUUAAAACUCGAAAAAUUCCUGAAAACUUCAAUGAAACUCGUCAUAUUGGAUUUACUAUGUACAGCACUUGCAUCUUAUGGCUUGCAUUUGGACCAAUUUACUUUGCGACACAAAACAACUUCCGUAUUCAAAUUACUUCAUUAUGUAUGACAGUCAGUCUCUCUGGUACUGUAGCUUUAAUUUGCUUUUUUGCUCCAAAAAUUUACAUCGUGCUCUUCCAACCUUAUAAGAAUGUCCGAACACGUCAAUCAGCAGUUGGUCGUCUUGUUAAUCAACAAAUGCGUUUCAUGAGUCAACUUACCUAUAAUCCCGACGGAUGUCAAACAACUGGUUAUCAACCAAUGUCGUCUAAUCCAUCCUAUCGUCCUGGAUCCGAGGAAAAUUCUCACGGCAGUGCAGUAGCAACGACAAUUCAGUCUCUACCUCCAACGUGCAUUGAGCAACUUGUAUCUAAUGGCAGCUUAAAGAAUGAUACAAGCGGAACAAGCUUAACGAAAAAGCUAUCAUUGCAAGAGCGUAAAAUAUCAGAAUCAGACAUACAAUCAGCGACUCAAAUGUCAGAUGUUCGUCGACGCCGUCCUAGUAGUAUGCAUAUCGUACCCGUAACAACAAAAAUCAACUUGACAAACGAAGGAAGUGAUCUUCCGGAUCUGAUUGUUUGCGAAGAAGUUGAACCAGAAUCUCCAACUCAAGUUGAACUGUUGCUCGAAGAAAUAGCUGGCGAUUCCGAAGCCACAUUUCUCUGA